CAAAGGUCAAACUCUGGGACAGUGCACACGUAGCCGUGGGAGCUAGUUCCCUGUCCUUUGUAUCUUGUACCUGUUGCAGGAAGCAAAGAUAUGGAUGAUUUUGGUUACAGCUUCCACCAGGGGGAGAGAGAUUGGCCAUUGUUCGACAGCGUUCCUGAAGAGUGCCAAUGCAUCUUAAAGCCUUCCCUGGCCACCUCGGAAGAUUCCGACCUCAGUGAGGACUCUGAGAAGAUCUUACGCUCUCACCCCAAGAGGAGCAAGAGGGUCAAUCUUAACAGAUCUCGCCACUCCCCUGGCCCGGCAGACAUGGCUAUGCCAUGCAUGCAGAGGAUAGACAGAGGAGAGGGGCUGGCAAUGUUUCGGAGCAGAGGUAGACCCACUUUAGCCGGGCAUUUUUCUCUGGAGCACGAAAGCGUGAUCUACUCCUCUGAGGAUGUCUUGUCUGCCGCUGAAGAUGAAUUGGAGCUGGAACUUGUAAACGAGUUUUUGACAGCUACCGGUCACACGGUGCCAAGGGGCAAUCUGUCCAGGGGGCAACAACGUUUCUUGAUUUCUGGCGAGAGUCUUCAAGCUUCCAGAACCCCGCAACACCUUCUCGCUUCCACUUCUGAAGCUUCAUACUCUACACAUCCAUCCAAUUCCAUCACCUGCACCAUGGUUAACCAUUCUCACGACAGGAGUGCCUGCACUAGACCCAGCUUCACAUUGGACAUGGACGACUAUGCCGAAAAUGUGCUUGACCACGACUGUUAUAAGAACCAUAUAGAGAUGGUCAAGGAUGACCAUUUAGAUGUUGGAUUUAGAUACUCGCAGGGACAUCAGGAACAUGCCAGCACCCUCCCAGAACUGUGGGACAAUGCAUUGCUCCAGGGCCAGCACAACGAGAUUGGAGAAACUGCUGCUUCCAAUGGCACUCAAUCACAAAGUGUUUUAGAAAAGGAUUUCAAUGCCCAAGCUUUUGCCACUGUGUCAGAGGACAAUCAAUUUCCAACAAGCAGGGACCCUUCACCUUGUCUGGAAUUAAAGCCAGCUGCGAAAGGAAAACUUGAGGAAGAUUAUUCCAUCACGUGCCCUGAAAUUUAUGAGUAUUUUUACGAGGACUUUGGAGAGGAAGGGGAUGAUGAUGCUUUGCUAUUUUUGCGUGUGCCUUCUGUGUUCAAGCGUGUAAAGCGAGGGAACCACGAACCCAGGAAAAUUAAUUUAUUGACUAUCAUUAAGUCUUUGGUGCAUAAAUACUUACAUCCAACACAGCAAGGGCAAACAGCUCUGGUGUCCUUUAGGAGUUCCAACACAGCUGAAAGCACGAGGGCUUAUAGCAGUUCUGACCUUGGAUCACUAAACAAUGCAUUAGUGAAGUACUCAGAAGGUGAAGGAAGUCAGACAAUGAUGGAAAGCACCAUACAGAGAGGGAGAGGACAUUCCUGUCUGUCCUGCACUCGGAAAGAUUUCUGUUUAUUUUGUUUCGCUUGCGCUUCGUGGGCUAUGAAAUCAGCAGCUUCCCAGUCAGAUAUGUGGAAAGCUGCUUUGCUGGUGAAUAUCAGUGCCAUCUCUGCAGUGAGAUACUUCAGGACACUUGCAAAAAGGGAAAAUUCUAAGUACUUGGCCCUCCAGGACUCCGAACAUAAAGAACCUUGGGAAGAAUGAAUCUUCAGGAAUUCACCCUGUAAAGCUACAACAUUAAA